AUGAGCGGUGUGAUUCCUGCACCGUGGUUGGCUCUGUGUCGAGUCCUCUCCUUCAUCUCUCACCUGCACACCCCUCCCCCUCCUCCCCCUCUUAUCUCCCCCGUGCUCCCGCUGAUUGACCCUCAUCCAAGAUGCAUUGAAUACCGAUCAGAGCGGAGCGAGAAGCAGAGAGAGCUGGAGGAGAGUCGACUAAACAUCCAGCAGAGAAUCCAGGACAGAGAGAAAGAUGUGGAGCAGCUUCAACAGGAGGUGGAGGCUAUCAACGGCUCCGCUGAUAAAGCAGUGGAGCACAGUGAGGAGAUGUUCACCCAGCUGAUCCGUCUCAUGGAGGAACGACGCUCUGACGUGAGGCAGCGGGUCAGAUCCCAGCAGGAAACUGAAGUGAGUCGAGUCAGAGAGCUUCAGGAGAAGCUGGAGCAGGAGAUCACUGAGCUGAAGAGGAGAGACGCUGAGCUGCAGAAGCUGGCACACACAGAGGACCACAACCAGUUUCUACAGGACUACCCCUCACUGUCAGGACUCAGUGGACCUGCAGACCCAUCCAGCAUCAAGACCCGUCCUCUCAGGUACUUUGAGGAUGUGACAGCAGCUGUGUCAGAAGUCAGAGAUCAACUACAGGAGGUCCUGAGAGAGAAGUGGACCAACGUCUCACAGGCUGUGACUGAAGUGGAUGCUUUACUGUCAGAUCCACCAGAGCCCAAGACCAGAGCUGGGUUCUUAAGAUACUCACGUGGACUCACACUGGAUCCAAACACAGCAAACAGAUAUCUGUUAUUAUCUGAUGGGAACAGAAGAGCAACACGGAAAAAACAACAACAGUCUCAUUCUAGUCACCCAGACAGAUUCACUCAUUAUGAUCAGGUCCUGAGUAGAGAGGGUCUGAGCGGACGGUGUUACUGGGAGGUGGAGCUGAGAGGGGACGGAGUUGAGGUAGCAGUCGCAUACAAGAAUAUCAGCAGAACAGGAGGCUCAGAGGAUUGUGUAUUUGGAUUCAAUGAUAAAUCUUGGACGUUAGAUUGUUACAACAGUUAUUACUUUUGGUUCAACAAAGUCAACACUCCUGUCUCAGGUCCUCAGUCCUCCAGAGUAGGAGUGUACCUGGAUCACAGAGCAGGUAUUCUGUCCUUCUACAGCGUCUCUGAAACCAUGACUCUCCUCCACAGAGUCCAGACCACAUUCACUCAGCCCCUCUAUGCUGGACUAAGGUUGUACUGGUCUGAAAACAGUGCUGAGUUCUGUGAACUCCAAUAAAAACCUUCAAGUCCAUUCAGACCAAAUAUGAGCAACAAGAGGAUUUCAAAGCUGCAUGGUUCUGGUCUGAUGGUUCUCCCUCCAAGACCUCUCUGUGCUUCAGGUCUUCAUGCCGGCUUUGUGAGUCUUUUUGGAGCUGCUGCUUUUGUAGACGCUUUAAGGGAUGAGGACAGUGAUGCUGGAUUAUUUGCAACAGUUGGGUUUCUAUUUUUGAUGAAGCUUCAAAACCAGAAACAGAAACAGCUCUGUGUGAAAUGUUUGUGUUCCACAGGAUGGGAAGAUCUUUAUUUGGUGUUUGCUUGUUGAUCACGCUUCAUGAAUUUAGUUAAAAUCCUUAAAAUGCUGUUUGUUUUAUUUUGUAGAGGCUUUUAUUUUGAAAGGGCUUCAGUGUGGGGGGCAGGUUUUGCAGGUAUGAAGCUUAGAAAAGACUUGAAAACAUGAGAAAGGGAAAAGCAGGAGCUUCUUUCUGAUCCUAAAUCAAAGGAUGUAAAGUCUGCAGAUGAAAAUAUCAUCUCUAACAUGUCAGAAUGUUCAUGUUUCUACAUUCAGGAUCCUGUUUUUAUUGAGUCCAAUCAGCUGAUCAAACAAGUCCUUUUCAUUCUUUGUUCAACUGAUGAAGACUUUAAUACUCACAUCAAUAAUUGGGAUUGUUGGACUUCUCUUAGAUUGUACAGAUGAACUUUCUGACUUCAGGUUUGUUGCUGAUUGAGCUAACUGCAGCAGAUAUUCCUGUCUGCUUCUUUUGGAUCAGUGGAUUUGGAAAGACGUCUACACUCACACUUUUUUUUGUGGCCGAUCCAAAAAAUGUUGUUUUCCACAAAUGGAUGUACAGAUGAGGUUCAGUGAGCUUUGAUAGAAGUGUAUUAAUAAUCACAUGGAUUUGUAAAAGCUCUUUUCUUUUUGGGACACAGCUGAGAUUCUGCUGAAGUCAACUGAUUGUGUAAGUGAAGUCAACCUGUACCUAAAAUCCUCCAAUAAAUCAAAGUGUGUCUUUAACA